CGUAUUCAGCUCUCACUGCAACUGUAAUAAUGUUAGCCGUUUCCGAAUACUUUUACAAACCGGCCAUCAUAGCCUAUACGGUUUGUUCAUUUAUCGCCUAUAUCCUCAUGUCAGGUUCGCCGAGUUUGAUACAUUUGCGGAUAAUACGAUAAACGUAGAUUUGUGUGUGUAUUAACGACGUUGUCACUUGUCAUUAGUUUUCACUGACAACAACCCUUAAAUAAUACUACUGCUAUACCUACUACAGGUCGGUGUGGCUGGCAUUGGUGCAACAUCGAACGCCUACAUAUUGGGUUUCAGCUAUUUGUACAGUCAAAUUAGUGACAGGCAACAGUAUCAAAAGGCGACCAGCAUUAUCUCAGUCAGCCUACAGCUAGGCAUUUUCUGCGGUUCUGUACUUUCGCAAAUAAUUGUCAGCACGACUGGAGGAAUUUAUACAAUUCUACCGUAUUUCAAUGCAUCCGCUAUGUUCUUAGCUGUAAUUUGCGCUUGUCUAUUUCCGACGAAAAAAAAACAUUCUUUUCGAAUGGAGAAUGUGCUUAAUGAAAAAACCAGACUUCUCGAAAAUGGCCUAAAAAAUAAAAUGGAAAUUCGUGAAAAAAAUAUCGUUAUAAUGCAAUCUAUUAAGUACAACACUGCAAUGGAAAAUACUUUCAAAGGAUUAUUGUUCGACUUUAAAACUUCAUACUCGAAUACAGUCGUGCUAAAACGGUCUAUUUGGUACAUAAUCAGUAUGGGAUCACAUUUUCAGAUUAUAACUAACAUGAAUGUAUUGUACACGUACAUCGUCAAUAAACCUGGUAAUCAUGAUGUCUUGUUAAACGGAUACGCGGAGGCAACAAUUAGUUUGUGUGGAGCUGUGGGUGCCUAUCUAAUUGGAAAGGUGCAGUUAGAUUGGACUUAUUACGGUGAUGCCGUUACAGCGAUUUGCUCCUCUAUUAUGGGCAUUCUUAUGAUGUCAUGUUAUUAUCACGACCAUUUGUUUUUGAUAUAUUUAUCGUAUAUUUUAUACGGUAUAGUUAGUCAAAUGGUAUUUGUCUCAAAUUUCUCCGAAAUUGCAAAACGCCUGAAGAAUCAGUGUUAUUCUCUAGUAUAUGGAGUUAAUUUAUUUGGGUCUUUAUUAAUAUCCACCUUCAUGACAAUAUUUUUCGUCCAAAUGAAUUUCUUGGAUAUUUCUAUUCCCGGUCGGUUUUUGUUCAUUGGUGGUUUAGACGUCUCUCUUGGAAUAGGAUUCUUAUUUUUAUCGUAUCUCAAAAUGACCAGGCCUCGAUGAUGAACUACACUAUUUGUCAAUGUAAUCUGAAUCAUUACUGUGUUUAAUAAUAUUGUUCAAUGAAGAAGGGUAUUCAAUACCAUAAAAUAUAUUGUAAUUAAUUGUAAAAAAUUAGUUGCAAGACUUUUUACUCAUAAAUUAGUGUGAUAAUAUUUAUCUUAAUAAUAAUAUGAGUAAAAUAAAUUGUGUUUGAUUUAUAUAUGUAUUGUAUGUGAUUUGUGAAAAACUAAAACAACUUAAGGUAUUUUGAUAAUAUUAGGUAAGUACACUUUUAGUGAUGUUUUCGUUAAUGUGACAAUAAAAAGUUUUAAUUU